UUUACGGUAGAGUCCGCGACGGCGGAGUUCAGAGAGCUGCGGGGGAAAAGGCUGCUCUUAUGGAGGCGAUACUGAACUGCAACCCGGAGGAUCUGGAGGAUUAUUAUGGGCUGCUCGGCUGCGACGAGCUCUCUACGACUGAACAAAUUCUCAGAGAGUUUAAAGUGAGAGCACUGAACUGCCAUCCUGACAAGAACCCCAACAAUCCCGCAGCAGUGGAGGAGUUUAAAAAACUACAGGAGGCUAAAGAUGUUCUGACUGACGAGUCGAAAAGGAAGAGUUAUGAUUUCUGGAUGAGGAGUCGGAUCACUGUGCCGUUUAAAGAGUGGCAGGCACUGAGGGACUCCGUAAAAACCUCAGUGCACUGGGCUGUAAGAACCAAAAAGGAACCCAUGCUUGCUGCACCACAAGAUAUAUCUGAAGUCAGCACCGAAACCAGAGCCAUCCAGUCUGAGGGUCCAGAUUCCAUAAAGGAGGAAACAUCUGGUGAGGAUUAUUGGUGUCACAGAUUUCGCUGGGCAAGUGAUGCUCCCUCAAGCCUGUUGCAAAAGUUUAGAAAUUAUGAAAUAUGAUUAUAAUUAUAAGCUCUUCAUGCUCCAGACUUGCUUGCUGUAAUUUGUGGUAAUGGUUAAUAUCUUACAGAGAUUAUUUCUUAUUGUUAAAUAGAUUAGACUUUGUGUGUUUGUAUGUUGUUAAAUUUAUAAACUAUGUUAGCUGUUGGAUAACUAUGGGAAAUGUGUGCUAUACUGUAAAUGUUCAAGCUCUCAAAAGUUAAAAAAAAUGUGAAGAAAAAAACAUGAAUAAAAACAGUCACAAACUGACAAAACCACUGUCAAAAA